GGUACUCUAAAUACAUAAUGUUGACACAGUUUGAGUCCUAAAUUAUAGGAAGUUGCAGUCAGUUGUCAUUUAGUUUGCGGUCAUGGUGAAGUUCUGUUUCUUGCGGGAAUUGCAGCAAUAUUACUCAUUGCAACAUGGACCUUAUGCAGAAAAAGGACUCAUGAGAGUUUUCAGCACGAAAAGAAGGUAUUUAUUUCUACAACAAGUUUCAUAUCUUACUACAAUUCCAACAGUUGUGAAUUGUUGCUACCCUUUUUUUUACUGGACAACAGCAUUAGAUGAUUUACUGUCUGAAGAAUCCGGCAGCCUUAAGAUAUCAAGCAAGGAAAUAUAUUCAGCGACCGGCAAUCCAAGUGCAGACAACUUCAUUGACCAAGGAGGAGCUGGUAAGGUAUACAAAGGCAUACUAUCAAAUGGUAAGCAUGUUGCAGUGAAGCACAUAAUCAACGAUGGCUCUGUCGAGACAUUCAUCAGCGAAGUAAUGAGCCUUUCCGAUGUUAGACAUCCAGACCUUGUAGCUUUGCUUGGCUCUUGUGAGGGUGUAGAAGAAUAUUUCCUGGUUUAUGAACUGUCCCAAAAUGGGGACCUUUUGGAGUGGCUAUUUGGUAAAGAUAAAAGUCUGCCAUGGAUAACUAGAUUAGAACUUGCCAUUGACAGUGCUGGAGGUCUGUGGCUUCUGCAAACUUAUCCGAGAGGCUGCAUUGUUCACCGUGAUAUCAAGGUAGCUCUAAACUUUCUUCAUUUCUUCUGUUUGCACCGCUGCUGUUGCUUCAUUUGCCACUCUUUUCAUCAAACUUCUUUUCUUGCCACAUUCCCAACUGGCAGCCAACAAACAUUCUCAUUGACAAAAAUUUUCAAGCGAAACUGUCAGACUUCGAGUUAUCUAAAGUUAUGGACUUGGGACAGUCCUAUGUGAGCUCAGAAGUGAGAGGGACAUUUGGUUAUGCUGAUCCUGUGUACAGAAAGAACCACCAUGUAAAUGCUUCAGGAGACGUCUACAGUUUUGGAAUAGUUCUUCCGCAACUUAUUUCGGGCUGCAGGGUUAUCAAUCUAAGCUUAAACAAACCAAUGCCUCUGAGUAAAAUGGUAAUGAAGUCAAAUUUUAUCUCCACAUCUCUGAAAAAACUAUUUCAAUUUGCUGAUUCGAUUUCUUAUGUUCAAUAUCUUAGUAGGCAAGGGCCCUCAAGAAAGGCGGUGAUGCAAUGCAACAGAACUUGCAGAUCCCAAACUUAACGGGGAGUACUCAGUAGAAGCUUUAGAUCUUGCGUUCAACCUAGCGACUAAAGCUGUAAAGGUCAAGCAUGGACCAAGUGGUAUCAAAACUCGAAAAGGCACUCGAUACCUCAACCCAAAAACAGUCAGCUUUUUUUACCCUACCAAUCAAGGCUUGGAAUCGAAGAAACUCGGGCACAUAGUUUUGUGCAUUGAAACAAUAGUGAAUGAUUUAUUACUGAUUUUGUAUGGAAAAAGAAUUUUGCAAUACAGAGCAAUACAACAAUGAUUUUGUACAAAGCUUCAUUGGAGAAGCUGAUCAUAUAUACUGAUAUAGUCGUUAGCUCU